UCAUCUCCCUAAGCUUAAUUAAAUCUCUCGUUCCCCACACAGGGAAAAUUAGACUGAAUCUCUCUGCUCUCUCUUUCUCCACCAUUUUUCUAGCAAUAGCAGCUAGAUCAAAGGAGAAGAGAAGAGUGAAGAAGAAUUAGAUAAAAUGGCAGGGGAUCUAAAGGUUUUGAAUGCACUAGAUGCAGCAAAAACACAAUGGUAUCAUUUCACUGCAAUUAUUAUUGCUGGGAUGGGAUUUUUCACAGAUGCCUAUGAUCUCUUCUGCAUUUCUUUAGUCACUAAAUUACUUGGCCGAAUUUACUAUCAUGUUGAUGGCUCUCCAAAACCUGGAUCUUUACCUCCUGGUGUUUCAGCAGCUGUUAAUGGAGUUGCGUUCUGUGGAACCCUUACAGGGCAACUCUUUUUUGGUUGGCUUGGUGACAAAUUGGGCAGGAAAAAAGUCUAUGGCAUAACACUAAUGCUCAUGAGUCUUUGUUCCAUUGGUUCUGGUCUUUCUUUUGGUAAAGAACCAAAGACAGUAUUAGCCACACUUUGCUUCUUCAGGUUCUGGCUAGGAUUUGGUAUUGGUGGUGAUUACCCUCUUUCAGCUACUAUUAUGUCUGAAUAUGCUAAUAAAAAGACUAGGGGUGCUUUUAUUGCUGCUGUUUUCGCUAUGCAAGGAUUCGGUAUUCUGGGUGGAGGAAUCUUCGCCAUCCUGGUCUCUGCUAUAUUCGAGGCCCGAUUUAAGGCUCCUCCAUACAAGGUUGAUCCAAUUGGUUCAACUGUUCCACAAGCAGACUAUGUUUGGAGAAUUAUAUUAAUGGUUGGAGCACUUCCUGCACUUCUCACUUACUAUUGGAGAACAAAAAUGCCAGAAACUGCUCGUUACACUGCAUUAGUUGCCAAGAAUGUAAAACAAGCAACUGCAGAUAUGGAAAAAGUAAUGCAAGUUGAUAUUGAAACAGAACAAAAAGAAGAGCCAAAAAUUGCUGUUACAACUAGAGGAAAAUCAGGCAAUGAUUUUGGUUUAUUUUCUAAAGAAUUUCUUCGUCGACAUGGACUUCAUUUACUUGGCACAACAAGUACAUGGUUUCUUCUUGAUAUUGCAUUUUAUAGCCAAAAUUUGUUCCAAAAAGAUAUCUUUAGUGCAAUUGGAUGGAUUCCUCCUGCCAAUACUAUGAAUGCAAUUCAAGAAGUUUUCAAAAUUGCUAGAGCACAAACACUUAUUGCUCUAUGUAGUACAGUGCCAGGGUAUUGGUUCACAGUCUUUUUAAUUGAUAGAAUUGGGAGGUUUACUAUUCAAUUACUUGGUUUUUCUAUGAUGACAGCAUUCAUGUUUGCUUUAGCCAUUCCUUAUAACCAUUGGACACACCCCAACAAUCGUAUCGGAUUCGUUGUCCUGUACUCACUGACAUUCUUUUUCGCAAACUUUGGACCUAACUCAACCACAUUUGUCGUGCCAGCUGAGAUAUUUCCAGCUAGAUUACGUUCCACGUGUCAUGGAAUAUCGGCUGCAGCAGGAAAAUUAGGGGCAAUGGUUGGUGCUUUCGGGUUUUUAUAUUUGGCUCAGCCACAAGAUAAGAGUAAGGUUGAUGAAGGGUACACUGCUGGUAUAGGAGUGAAGAAUUCUCUUAUUGUGUUGGGAUUUGUUAAUCUUUUGGGUACAUUGUUUACUUUCUUGGUUCCUGAAUCUAAAGGGAAAUCUCUUGAAGAAAUGUCAAGAGAAAAUGAUGAUGCAGAUGAAGCUUAAGCAAAAUAGGAUUAGAUAGAUAGAGUUUUUAAGGAAACCUUGUUUCUCUUUUUGGUGCUUUUCUUUUUCUCUACAUAGUUUUCAGCUAUUAUAUUUCUAUUUUGUUAAACUCUAGGUAGUGGUUGUUACUCUCUUUUAUUUAGGAUCAUACUUUAAGUUCCAGUAUCAGCUAUAAAUUACUCCAUUCGUUCA